AUGGGUAUCUCAGGUGCUGUGGAAUGGUGGGAGGAGUGGCAGCUGCGCAUCCUUGUCUUGGCUAGCCUCUUGGUUCAGUGGCUGCUCUUCCCCUCUGCCGCCAUGCGUAAGUUCGCUAUUCCUUCCUGGUUCAGAUCCAUAAUAUGGCUUGCAUACCAGGGCAGCGAUGCUCUAGCGGUAUAUGCCCUUGCCAACCUCUUCAGCCGUCAGAGGAGGCAAGAUUGUACCUCUGGCCAAGGCAAUAGCAUCCUCGAGGUGGUGUGGGCACCGGUUCUCCUAGUCCACCUCGGUGGGCAGGACAUCAUAAGCGCCUAUAACAUCGAAGACAACGAGCUAUGGACGCGGCACGUCCUCGUCGCUGUGUCCCAGAUCACAGUAGCCAUCUAUGUCUUCUGCAAAUCAUGGCCAGGCGGUGACAAGAGGUUGUUACAGGCAGCAAUCAUGUUCUUCAUCCCGGGGGUUCUAAAAUGCUUAGAGAAGCCAGUGGUUUUAAAGAAUGCUAGCAUCAAUAGCCUAGUCAGCUCUUCUGAGCCUCCUCCGACAGAAACAUACCAGUUCACUCUUGACGACGGGCGUAUCUCCGGUGAUAUCAACAUACUUGAAAACUAUGUGCAAGUAGUUGGAAAAUAUUUCCGUGAAAAUCCGGACCCUGACAAACAAGGAAAUAUUACCCACCCCUCCCAUCUAUUUGUAGACCUUGCAUCCUCAUAUGGUGAUCGGUUCGAUGUCCUAAGUUUAUUCAUGCCACUUGACGGAGAGGAAGCGUAUGACUUGCUGCAAGGAGGGCUUUCUAACAUGUUCAACCUUUUUUACACAAAAGAAACUCUGAGCACCCCCUCUAGUGGUCAUAUGAGACACCCUUGGCAACUAUAUUGGGGUUUAUUGUUACGGUAUACAUGUUUGUACCUGCCAUGGGCAGCCAUCGGGCUCUUCCACAAUUGCCAUAGAGAAGCUUAUAAUGAUUACGAUGUCAAGGUUACAUAUGCCUUGUUUUGUUGUACUGCUGUACUGGAGACCUAUUCAAUGGGUACUAAAAUGAGUCUUACCGAUUCUUUUUUAUCAAAAUUUGGAGAUAUUCCUGCUGUAGUAAGAUUAUUCCCAGUGCUAACAAAGAAAAGGAGAUCACAAUUCAGAGUUUCCCAAUACAGCCUUAUAGGAUUCUUUGCCCGUAAGAGAAGGCACAGCAUGAAGAUGUGUAUCCUGAGUUUGCUCCAGUGCAAGGACUUACUUGACCAUCGUUGGUGCAUGAAGCCCUGUUACUCAUCUGUUGCCAUUACAAAGUUAGUUCUUGAGUAUGCGAAGAAAGGGUGGGAAGAUGAAAUAAGUGAUGUUGACAGCUAUUGGAAGUUCAACGACAAUAGAGGUCAGUGGACUCUUCAGGGCAAGUGCGAGCAAGACCUGAUUUGGAGCUUAAGGGGACCAUUUGAUAAGACUGUCAUUCUCUGGCACAUCGCUACAGAUUUCUGCUUCUACACAUCAGUUGAUCACCAAUGUGCCCCUAUUCAAUGCAAUGAAGGUAUUGCCCCUGGUCAAGGUCAUGGCUGUGCAGCCCGGUGUGGAAUAUCUCCUUAUCACGAAAGAGCUGUCCGGUGCAGAGAAAUGUCCAGCUACAUGAUGCACCUACUCUUCAUCAACCCUGAGAUGCUAUUGCCUGGCACCAGACGAAAUUUGUUCAUGUCUGCCAAUGCUGAACUGGAGAAUAUCCUUAUGAAUGACAAGCCAUCAGUCGAGGCCAUCCUCAAGGGCGACAAGCCAUCACUCCAGGACAUCCUCAGGGGCAAUAAGUCAUUGAUCCAGUUCCUCAAGGGCAAGAAGCCAUCGCACAAGGAGAUCAAAAGAGGGCUCGUGGAGAUAAUAAUCACCAAAAUGAAGACCAGAGAAGUGCCAUCUGAUGUAGAGGAAAAUCCAGCUGAAGAAGGCUUUAUCAACGAUGCCUGGAAGAUUUCAGAAGCAUUGUCGGCUUUAGGUGAUGAGAAUAAGAUGUGGGAGGUGAUUGAAGGUGUGUGGGUGGAGAUGCUGUGCUUCUCGGCCAGUAGAUGUCGAGGGUACCUGCACGCCAAGAGUUUGGGUACCGGCGGUGAGUUGCUCACCUAUGUCUGGCUCCUGCUGUCCCACAUGGGGAUGGAGACCUUGCCCGAGAGGAUGCAGAGGACGGAGUUUUCAAGUGAUGGAGGAAACGGUUGA